AUGGAUUCUCUUGGUAGUUUCUCAUCCCUUGUUCUUGCUCUCUCCCUUGUCUUCUUCUCUUAUCAACCCACCAUAUUUCUAAGCGCUGACAAUGCUUUGAUUCAAAAACUGUGUAGCAAAACAGUAGAUCCAGGUAUAUGCUCCAAUUGUCUCAACUCAGAUCCUGCAGGCAAGAGCGCAGAUGCUAAAGGUCUAGCUGGGAUUGCCGUUAACUGUGCAGAGAGAGAUUGCACCAAGUUAUAUAACGACACCCGCAAGGCCGCUGAUAAUGCUCCGGCCGGUGAAUUGAAAAACGUGCUGGAAGAUUGUGCCGAGCGAUUCUUUGAUGCUCAAAGUGAUUUCCAAGGAGUUCGACAGAAUGUUCAGUCAGGGGCUUAUGAUCUUGCCAAGGGAGUCAUUCAUGAUCAAAUUCUCCCCCAGAUAGAUUACUGCAUUGGCCAGUUUGUGAAAGCUCCGCAGCUUCCAAUACCAUCAACGGUUUUGGGUGGAUCAAUCGGUGUCAAAGAUCUUUGUGAUGCGAUUACUGUUAUCUUAACUAAUAUUUCUGGUUGA